AUGUAUGCUGUGUUCCUCGUAUCACUCACUGCCUUGCUAUUUAGCUGUUAUUUUGGAGUGGUUGCAUCUCAAAAUCGGCAAUGUUCCACUUUUAUAAGUGAUGGCGACUCAUCCUGUCCGGAGUCUUGGCAUGUCUGGGGAAUAUCAUGCUACAAGAUCACCGAGAAGGCAUUUACCUGGUCAGAUGCUAGAGACGAGUGUAUAGACCUAGGUGGUGUUCUGGCGGUACCAAGCUCUGAUCAAGAAAACGAGUUUACAGCGCAAUUAUCUAAUGAGAUAGUAUGGAUCGACUGUAAUGAUCGAGAGGUGGAGGGGAGAUGGAAGUGCAAAGAGGGUAAGGUUGAGGUUGCUUACAGAAACUGGGACCCUAACGAACCGAACAACCAGGGAGAAGAAGAUUGUGCUGCCUUUGAUACUCAGUUUGAUGGAAACCGGCAAUGGAAUGAUUUGGAAUGUAGCAGACUAGAGAAAGCUCUGUGCAAAACGGCUGGCAGACCAGUCCUUCAAGUGUGA